GGUUGCUGCCAGAAAACACGAUGGAUCACCCGCUCACUGACGACACUCCUGCCAGUGUUAAAAGGUUAGAUUAGAGAAGUAAGUCGCGGUAUCACUUUAUUUUUAGUCAUUUGGGGAGUUUGCUGGGCAUUGGAUUGGAAAGAUUUUCAGCUAAGAUAUUUGGAUGGUCGAAGAAAGAGAGAAAGAAUGAAGAGUUGUGAUAACGAGCGUAGGAUUUGAUAGUGGCUUCUAACACGGUGUUCAUUUUUAGGUCUCUGCGUAGGGUUUGAUUGGAAACAGAGAAAAAAGCUUCUGCAAUUAAACAAAAAAUUUUAUUUUGGGUUAAAUAAUAAAAAAAAAAUCUUAAAAGUAAAGCAAACACAACCAUCUCAUUAAUUCAAAUAUACGCUAAAUUAUUGAGAUUUAACCAGAAAUUGUCUAGUAUAAUGUAUCAAUAUUUUACAGGGAUUUAUUAAGUACUUUUAUCCGUGUGGGGGGGUUUUUAUUAGUUAAUUUCAUCGAUGUAACAGUUCUACAAAAAAUGUCUGAAUGAAAAUAAGAGUGCAAUAUUUACAUUAGUAAAAUAUCAAACAUUCAAAACGACCGUAAACGUAAGCAAACAAAACGUGUAGGAAAGAAAAAAACGAAAAUGACAGCGGUCACGUAGAAUCCAUUUUAUGAGAAAUGAAAUAGAUCGUGCGGAGAUAAAGUCAAAAGCGAGUACAAAAUGGUGACUAUGAUAAGUUGUAGAUGACUUCUUCGGCCAACUGUACGCCGCAAUGUUUGGUUGUCCGGCGUCGUCAGGGCAACACAAUUAGCAUUCACGUCUAAUGGUGGUCAGAACACCGGCUACGUCUUUCCAUUUCCAUUAAGACCGUCGAUCCCCAAGAACAUAGUUACGUCGUACAGGUACAUUAUUUCGAGUUUUCGGGUCAAAUCGUCGAGAAUGCUUUAAUAUUAUUGUUGGGUCGGGCUGUAAGGUGCGAUUAUGAGGUAUGGUGAGCACGCCGUAGCAGAUGAGUGCCCGGACCGUUGCCGCCGCCGUCAUCACCGCGUUCUUGGCCGCCAUCGCGCCCGUACCGGUCGUCGGUAAUUAUCCGACGUUCGAGGGCGCCGCCGAGUUCAGGGACAUGAUGGUGCCGGCCGGCGCCCCUGUCGGAUCUCUCAUGUACAGACUAAGGGCUUCCGACCACGAUAAGGAUUAUCCGCUGUAUUUCCAAGCCACCGAUUUCGGCAGUUAUGUGAUAAGAAUCGAAAAUCUACCAUGCCCGCCUAACACCACAGCCGGUUGUCAGGCGGAUGUUUACUUAGACCGGGUGCUGAUCCCAGGACAGACAUUUCAAUUCCGAAUAACGGUGCGAGACACCAGAGGGGAUACCACUACUGUGCCCGUUCGACUAGUGGCCACCGAAGCUCGGAGUGAUGUCGAGACGAUAUUUCCUCACAUCCCUGCCAUCAUCAUUGUGCCAGAGGACGUAAAAGUGAACUCUGAACUGGAAUACGUGAUCGUAAAAAAAAACUCGGAAUCCCGCAAAUCGGCCAGUAUCGAACUUAGGGGAUCCUCGGAGUUGACCAUAGGUCGGUUGCGCAUGAACAAGGACACGACCACCGGUACGAUAUCGGUGUCCCGGCCGCUAGACUUCGAGACCAAGAACAUGUACAAGCUGCAAGUGGUCGCGCUGGACAUGUACGUGGAGAUCGGCAAAGAUUCCAGAAACGCGGCGGCUUUCGAGGUCAUCGUGGUCGUGGAAGACGUGCAAGACACGCCGCCGAUAUUCACCCGAUUCGAAACAAUAGUGCAUCUGCAUAACAACAUGUCCAUUGGCCAUGUCAUAACCAAAGUAGAAGCGAUAGACGGUGACAGGGGUCGACCUCGUCGUAUUAAAUAUGGUUUAGUUUCGGAAAAUAGACCUUUUACAGUUUUAUUCGAAAUAGGAUUAUUCUCAGGCGAGGUGAAGCUGAAGAGGUCCAUGUCAGAGUUAGUGACAAUAACUGGUGGCAAGCAACCAGCCGUAUUAACCGUGAUAGCAGACGAAGAAGUGACCGGAGCUAGAGAACCGCCAGCCUUGACCACCAUGGCCGACUUGGUGCUAAUACUAGACGACGUGGUCAACAGUCCUCCGUACUUCCAUAACGCUAACUACGCUUGCCGUUUGAACGAGAACAGCGGUCAGGGAACGACGUUGGUGUUCGGCGACGGUUACGUGAUGCAAGUACACGACGACAAUACGGGCAAGGAGUCGGUGUAUGCGCUGACUUUGGAAAACAAUAACGGCACGUUCGAAGUGAUGCCCGCCGUGAUUGACAGACGUAGCCGGUUCACCAUAAUGGUGCGCAACAAUCGUUUGUUGGACUUCGAGAGCCGCCCGUCGGUCCAUUUCGAGGUGGUGGCGACCGAACUGUCCGUGUCUAGCGGCGGCGGCGUGGUCGAUUCGAACCGCUCGCGGAUGGCGGCCAGGGCUUCGAUAACGGUCUACUUGGACGACGUGAACGACAACGCACCGCGGUUCACCAGCGCCGCGUACUACGCUCAAAUGCCGGAGAACGCGACGGCCGGCGAGCGCGUGAUUACCGUCGAAGCCGUGGACCCGGACACCGGCCCGUUUGGCAGUGUCCGGUACACGGCCGUGUUGGGCUUCAGGAACUCGUCGCUGGUGCUGGACUCGCAGACCGGCGUUGUGACGGUGUCCAACGACAACCACGGGUUUGACCGUGAGGAAUCCGCCGAAUAUAGAUUGACUGUAGAAGCUCGAGAUAUGGACGGAGGAGGUCUUGCAACCACUGUACCACUUGUUAUACAUGUGUUGGACAUAAACGACGAGACACCAGUUUUUCAAGAUACACCUAUUCAAUUCGUUUUAACACAAGACAUGAGAAACUUUACGGAACGAGCUUUUAUCAAGGCAAUCGACAAAGAUGCUGAAGCCCCGAACAACGUAGUACGUUACGAAAUAAUAAACGGCAACUACAACAAUCGCUUCACCCUGAAUCCAGAAACCGGUGAACUAUUGAUGUCCAGCGGUUUGUACGAUUCGAGCAGAACUCGAAGGGACUCAACCAGCAGUACAUUCGUCGUGCUCACGAUCCGAGCUUACGAUUUAGGUGUACCCCACCGGUGGUCCACGACUCAGGUGAGAAUUUAUCCACCGUCUUCUGGAGCCAGACAAAUGUCGUUUUUGAUACCGGUUACCAUGGACAUGGUUGCUAUUCACAGUAUGUUGGAACGUCUAACUGGUGGCAAGGUGACCAUCAAUACGAUAAAGCCCAACUACGAUAUCGUCCAACAAGGGUCCAGUGUAGAAAAAAAGAUUGUGACCGCUACCGUUGUUUAUAACACCAAUACCGUGAUCGACAUUGAAGAAUUUGGUAAACAAUCUGACCAAUGCAGUGAUAAAGUUCAUAUGGCACAAGUAAAUAACCACAGCGAUAAGAACCUAUCUUUUUGGUUGAAUUUAUUACUAUUACUAGCCAUAUUAUUGGCAGCCUUAUCACUGUUGUUUUGCUGUUGUUACCAACAAUAUUUACAGUUUAUUCAUCAUAAACUCCAUCAGGCUCAUCGUUUAGAGAACAAAGGCAUCCAAGCACCUUCGUUAAAUUCGAGUGAUUUCACUGAAGUUGAUACUAGACAAAAAGUAUAUAUUUUGAGUGAAAAGCCAGUGUCCCCACUACGAAUAGCGAAAAGGACUAGAACCAAAGUUAUACCGAAUAUUGCUAAGAAUAAAACUAGUGCGGAAUCACUUCUAUUGGAAGACGUCGAAGGUAACGAAUAUAGAAUCUUGGAUAAACGGCGAUCUUGGUCCGACGAAAUGGCUGACACUAGACAAGAAAUGUUUUUUAAACAAGGCAACGCGGAAAUCUUGAGGAUCAUGUCCAACGAUUCAUUAGAAGUAAUGGACUCGGCAUCCAAUGUUGGUGCAUUCAACGUGUUUGACGAAUUAGCUGGUAAAAGAGCAAUUAUGAACAAGUUUUUAAACAGUAAACCAGACGAAACCACUGAAAAUCAAAAAGAUCAAUUUAAUGAAGACGUUAAAGUCAAUAUAGAAAAAACACUAACCGAGGGAAUAAAAAAAGAAAACAUCGAAGAAGAACAAAAUAAAAUGGCUGCGUUUCAAAGAGAUGUAUUAUUGACCAAAUUUCUGGCGGAAGAACAGCAAAAGCUGAUGACCAAGCUGGAGACGAGAAGUCUGCCGGGCGCGAACAUGGCCACGCAGACGGAGACGCACACGGGCACGCAGACGAGCAGUUCGUGUUUGCGGCCGAGUGACCGACGGAGCCGCAGCAACGACGAACGCGACUGUUCAAGGUCGGCGCACUGUCCGCGCAGGUCGUCCAGCAUGCCACGCAGGCACCUGUUCAACAGCCCGAUCAUAGAGGAGACAGGCAGCGGUUCGGGCGCCAGCAGCGGGUUGCGGUCGGCGACCGUGCCCAGCACGUCGGCGGUGGCCGCACGUGAAUGCCGACGGCCGCACGGUGGUCCGUUCGCUUCGUCCUCGUCGUCGUCAACGGCCGCGGCCGACGUGACGGCGGGUGACCAGCGCCGGUCCCGGUCGUAUUCCAGUCUCCGGGAACUCGACCUGGACAGGCAGCUGCAGUACAUGACACCGUCCCUGAGAUCCAGAGCUCUGGCCCGGAGGCGGCUGUCCAUGUCGUUGCCGCCGCCGAGUGGUAGAGGGCCCAGGGCCAAGCAAAUGUUGGAGAAGAAGAGCGUGUUCACCAUCGCCUACGGUGACGUGGCCACGCAGAAGAUCAACUGUAGCGCCGACUCGUCCACCAACAAUUGGGAUUGACUUCCAACGCCGUUUAGAGAUGAGUGAACGGUCGUCUACUCGUACCUUCCUACCGACCUACGUGUACCUGUCCCGUUCAACCGUCUUAUAUUUCUGUGAACGAUAACCGAACCGAAAACUUUAUUAGUGAAUUAUUAUGUAAUACAAGUUGAUGUAUAGUAUAUUUUUUAGGAGACUUCUACUUUGUAUUCACAAAUGCAUCGAACCUUUUGGUUUUCGCUUAAGCAAUAAAAUAAAAAAAAUAAAAACCGUACGUCGUCGUACCACGUAACAGAUUACGCGCUACAGGUCUCAAACGAUACUUUCGACUUUUAACAACUUGUAUACUUUUACUUACGCACUAAAUGUGCAUAUAAUUUUCAAGUCAAACGAAUUUUUAUGAGUUAUGUUUCAUCAAUGUAUCACAGAGCGUUAAUCGAUUUCAUGACACGUAAGUGGACAGGAGGUUAAUAAACUAAUAUUACUGUUACCGUCUAGUUUGGAAUUCCUACAGUACACUAACCAUUCGUACGGGAUGCUAAAAACGCACGCAGCAAUUUUGUUUAUCAUAAAUAACAAAAAUAGAUGGCAAGAAGAACCUUACAAUCAGCUGUAAAUAAAAGAUAUCAAUGUUUAUACGCUGUAUUCUUUUAGAAACCAAAGAAAAAAACAAAAUGUAUUGUUAAGAAAAUAUUUGUUUAGAGAAAAAUUAAGCAAAACCAAUUAUUGACGUAUCAAAUUAAUAAUUAACUAAUAAUUCUAUUUGUGUACGAUGUA